GAACCGAUUUCUAAGUCUCUUUCCCUUUCCUCUCUAUCAUCAUGGCCGCCCGUCGGUCUCUUGCCCGCUCCAUCCCGGCUCUCCGCCUUGCCUCUCCCCGCACGGCGGUGGCCAACAUCUCGACCGCCAGAGCUGCUGCAUCCCGGUCUCUCUCGACUUCCUCCAAGUCUUCCUCGCGACUGCUAGCCUCUCAGACCUCUUCUGCCGCGUCUCUUGUGGCUCGCCGCGGACUCCAUGUCACCGCUCAGCAACUCGCCCCCGGAACUACAUCCGCAGCCAGCACCGCCACCGAAUACCCGACUACUCACGAUCCUGUCGCCAACCCUAUCGAUACCACCAACUUUGUCAACAAUGAGUUUGUGCCAUCUAAGGCAACCCAGUGGAUUGAUCUCCACGAUCCUGCCACCAACAACCUCGUUACCCGCGUCCCCCAAAGCACCGAUGAGGAGCUGCGCGCCGCCGUCGAGGCUGCCCAGAAGGCAUUCCCUGCCUGGCGUGCAACAAGCGUCAUGGCUAAGCAGCAGAUUAUGUUCGAGUUUGUAAGCCUGAUCCGUGCCAACUGGGACCGUCUGGCUGCUUCCAUCACCAUGGAGCAAGGCAAGACCUUUGCCGAUGCCAGGGGUGAUGUUCUUCGUGGUUUGCAGGUUGCAGAGACCGCCUGCGGUAUCACCACCCAGCUUACCGGUGAAGUACUAGAAGUGGCCAAGGAUAUGGAGACUCGGAGCUAUAGGGAGCCUCUGGGUGUUGUCGCUGCCAUUUGCCCUUUCAACUUCCCUGCUAUGAUUCCUCUCUGGUGUAUCCCCAUCGCUACCAUCACUGGUAACUGCCUGAUCCUCAAGCCCUCCGAGCGUGAUCCCGGUGCCGCUAUGAUUCUUGCAGAGCUGGCCAAGGAGGCUGGUUUCCCUCCCGGUGUCAUCAACAUCGUCCACGGUUCUGCUAAGACUGUUGACUUUAUUCUUGACGAACCCGCCAUCAAGGCCAUCAGCUUCGUCGGCGGUAACCGGUAUGGAGAGUACAUUUACACUCGAGGCUCAGCCAACGGAAAGCGUGUGCAGGCCAACCUUGGUGCCAAGAACCAUGCUGCCGUGCUCCCCGAUGCCAACAAGAACCAGACGAUCAAUGCGAUUGUCGGAGCUGCCUUCGGAGCCGCUGGUCAGCGCUGCAUGGCUCUCAGCACUGUCGUUUGCGUGGGGGAGACCAAGGACUGGAUCCCCGAGAUGGCUGAGCGUGCCAAGGCCCUGAACGUCAACGGAGGGUUCGAAGAGGGCGCCGACCUUGGCCCCGUCAUCAGCCCUGAGAGCAAGAAGCGCAUUGAGGGCUUGAUUGCUAGUGCUGAGGAGGAGGGUGCCACCAUUCUCUUGGACGGACGAGGCUACCAGCCCGAGAAGUACCCCAACGGCAACUUCAUUGGUCCUACCAUCAUUACCAACGUUACCCCCGAGAUGAGGUGCUACAAGGAAGAAAUCUUUGGCCCUGUCCUGAUCUGCCUGAACGUGUCCACUCUGGAUGACGCCAUUGAGCUCAUCAACAAGAACGAGUACGGUAACGGAGCCGCCGUCUUCACCAGCUCCGGCCCCAUCGGCUCCCGAUUCCAGAAGAACAUCGAGGCCGGCCAGGUCGGCAUCAACGUCCCCAUCCCCGUCCCACUUCCCAUGUUCUCUUUCACCGGAAACAAGAAGAGUGUUGCUGGUGGUGGGGCCAACACUUUCUACGGCAAGCCUGGGCUUCAGUUCUACACCCAGCAGAAGACCGUGACUAGCUUGUGGCGUGGUGAGGAUGCAGUCAGCACCAAGGCUAGUGUUGUUAUGCCAACUCAUUCUUAA